AAAUUCUCCGUUGUGAAAUUCCAAUUACAAUAAUUUGUCAUCGAAAUGGCGUCCCGUUUCUAGGAAAAAACCGGUUACCAACAGGAGUAACGAGCCUCAUCUUGUUCGUUUUCGUGGAGAAUCUUACCCAGUUUCGGAUAGAGAUAUGAGGUGACAUUCUACUAGAACAUAAUGGGAGAGGAAUAUAUUAAGAAAACCCAGGAUUCUCUUGGGAAAAUCAUAAAAAAACCACCGAUGACAGAGAAGCUGCUGAAGAAACCUCCAUUCAGAUUUCUACACGACGUUUUCACAGAGAUAAUUAGGACAACUGGUUUCAUGAAGGGUAUUCUUACAGGUGAAGAAAUGUCUUCCCAAAAUGUUAAGGAUAAAGAUGCCAAAAUUGCCCUGUUACAAAAAAUAAUUGAUGUUGUUGAAAUGGUGACUGGUAAAACAUUAUCAGUAAAACCAUCCAAGAUUGUAGCUGGGCAUGAACCAGAUAAGACAAAUGAACUCCUUCAAACAAUUGCAAUAGCUGUAUCUAAGAAGAUGGAUAGUUCAGAGUCAGUACAGAAAGUCCUUAAUGGAGAGAAAGGCAGUUCAAGUAAACCCCCAAGGCCAAAGAGAGAUGAUGACAAGAAAAACAGAGAUACAAGUGCAGAUAAAAGAAAUAAAGAGAAUAAAGAGAAGGAAAGAAAAAGCAGCUCAGAUAAUCGGGAUAGAAGUGUUAGCAGAGACAGACUGAAAACAGAAGAUAAGAAGAGCAGAGAUCGCAGUAAAGAUCGAGAAAGGAGCAGUAAAGAUAGAGAAAGAAGCAAGGAUAGAGAAAAGAAUAAAGACAAAGAAAAGGACAGGUCUAAAGACAAGGAAGAGAAAAGCAGAUCAAAAGAUAAGGAGAGGAAUAGAGACAAAGAUAAAGAGAGAAGCAGAGAUAAAGACAAGGAGAGGGAGGAAAACAAAGAAAAGGAAAGAGAAGAGCGUGACAGGGAAAGGAGAGAAAGAAGGAGAAGAAAAGAUGAGGAGGCAAAGCAAGCUCAAAAUGAGGAAGAAGAGGUGAGUAUUGAUGAUCAGGACUUAAGACCAGCAGUACCUGAGGGUGAAGAUGGUGGAGGUGGUAAUCGGAUCCCUCGUCCUUCAUCAGCAAAAGGUAGCAGAAGAAGACCAACUAAAGAUAGUGAUGAUUCUGAUGGAGAGGGAGACCUUGAUGGUGGACGUCAGGAGAGUGCCAAACACAGAUCUCGGACAAGUAAGGACAAUGGUGAAAGUGGACUUACAGCAGAUGGUGCUUUACCCCCACAGGUCGCUGCUAGUCGAAGGAUGGCCCGUCCCAGCAGUGCAAGACCUGCCCCUCCAAAGCUCAAGAAACAAGAUUCUACUGAAGAUACUUCAAGGAUCGGAAGUGGUAAGCAGGUAUCUAAUGUGAUUGUUGAUAAUGGUCAUAAUUCAGAUGAUGAAGAUGACAUAUUUGUAGUAGAGGAUACUCAGCAAUCUAUGGAAGAUGAGCCAAGGCCCCAAGCAAGUGAGUCUAUGGAAGAUGAUGGUGAACAUGGAGGCCUUGUUAAGAAGAUCUUAGAAACCAAGAAAGAGCUUGAAGGAUCACAAAAUAAGGAAGAUGAUAAGCCUGUGGUGUUGGAUCCUGCCAGACGUAAAGAACGUGAGCUAGUCCAGCGUGAAGUAGAGAAGCUCCGCAGUGCUAUACAGACCUUGACCCGAAGUGCCAAUCCUCUAGGAAAGAUCAUGGACUAUCUCCAGGAAGAUGUAGAUAGCAUGCAGAAGGAACUGGAGAUGUGGCAGAGAGAGAAUAAAGAACAUGGUCUAGCAAUCAAACGUGAACAGGGGAUUACAGACAAUGAGUUAGAACCUCUUCAAGCCCAGCUAGCCCAGCUUGACCAAGCAAUAGAUGACCAAGUAGACACCAUUGCUGCAGUCAAAGCAAAUAUCCUGAGGAAUGAGGAAAAGAUAGGAAAGAUGGUUAAUAGUAUAGCAUUUACAAGAUGAGUCAUUUCAGUCAUACCAACUUCUCAAUCAAGCAUAUUUAAUUUUAUCAUUUUGAAUAUAAGAUUUAAUCUACAAUUCAUCUUAAUAUACUUCAAGUUAUUGUUCCUUAAUUUGACCACUUAUCACCUGACCAUGGAUGAAGUUUUUUUUUUCCAUUGGGUUGACUAAGUUAUUUUUCAUUCAUACUGAAUCAUCCCAUGGCCCUUGAUUGAUACAAUCACAAUCAUUUGCAUGUAAGCUAGUGGUCAAGAAUAAAGUUCAUGUAAAGCUACUUCCAUAUAAUAAUAAAGUCAAAUGAUACAGCUAGGUAUGGUAACCACAUUCACUUCAAUUUCUGGAGAUGCUAGUAGCUACUAGCAAACUCCAGAAAUGGCACUUUAAUGUCAUAUCAAGUGUUAGCUGAAGAAAGAGUCCAUAGCAUUUUUACAACCAUUUUGAAAUCAAGCAAACUUUUUUUCUCAUCUUAAUGCAUUCAGUCUGCAUAUAACUCAAUUGAGUUAAUGUUAAAAUACAGUAUUCAGAGAAUUUUGCUGAAACAUCCCACCACGAAUCCCAAUUGUGUCAUGAUUGAUGGCCAUCUAUGAUACUGCAGAUCUUUACCCUGGAGUUUGACAGGAUAGAAUAAGCCAAGUACUCUCAUUGUGAUUGUCAUUGGAGAUUAUCAAAAUCACUGAAUAUCAUUUCAAAUGCCAUUGAGAAGCAUAAAGUGCUAUGUUAUUGUAAAAUAUAUAUGUUAUUGUCUGGUGUAAUAUAUUUCUCACAUGAAUAGUUUUUUAUAUGUAUAUUUCUUAAGAAUAUAUUAAUGGAUCUUACCACAAUGAAUAUUUAAGUGCACUAAAGUCUGCCAGGUUUUGUCUCCAUUAAUAUAGGUGAUUUUGUCAGCUUUGUUUACAUGAUUUGAAAAAAAGAAGUUUCCUUGUCAAAUUUAGCAUCAUGAUCAGCUGCUUUGCAUGACAACAAUUCUGUUAGUACAAUGUACAGUGCAUGUAAGAACUAUUUUCAAAAGCAUCUCGUAUAACUAAUAUGGUGAAGUUUACAAACAAAAUAUAAUUAUCUUUAAGAUCUUGUAAAAUUCACUUUCGAGUGUAAUUUGCAUUCUUAGACCAUUUCAAAAAUAGGGGAAUAAAAAGAAUUUGCUUUUUUCAUUUCUUAUCGGAAUACAUUUGUGUGUGUGUGUGAUUAUUUAAAUGUAAUGAUUGUUUACAGAAUAUUUGUUAUUGUAUUACAGAAUAAUAACAAGACAUACUAUCGUAGUUUUUUGCUUGAUAAUCAAACUGGCCUUCUACAUAUGUUUGUAAUGAAGGAAGAUUUUAUCAAGGAUUUCUUUCCUAUUUUCUUCUGUAAAACAAUUGCUCAAAAUUGAAAAAAUACUGAUGGUCGUGUUAAUGGACUUAAAAUGGUACAAUUGCAAUGAAAUAAUAGAAUGGCUUAACAUAAAAGGUAUCCGGUUUUAGUUUCUCAACAGAGUAGGCAAACAAGAUUUUUGUUAGUUAAAAUGUAAAACAGAUUAUGAAUAGAUGUAUAAGUAAUUGUCAUUGUCACAAAAAUCUAUUGUGAAUUAUCAUUCAAACUGGUCAAUGUGUUAAUAUUGGGUCAUUGAUGCACCUAGGAGUACAUAUAUAUUAUAGUACUGUUGGUGGUCACAUGGUUAAGUCAAAGGUCAUUUUAGGUCAUACAUUAGUUUACCUUGGAAAACUUUCUGAAUUUUAUUCGCUGAUUACAUUAUAGUUGAGGGGACUAUGAAUUUUCAGAAGUAGGCAAGACACAGUGUAGCUAAUGUUUGGUUUUGAAAGAGAAUUUUACAAUAUGACUGACAUCACAUUUAUUACCGUCCUUGAUAAAUGCCUGGGUUCUAAAAAAUUAAUUUGAAAAACAAUACAAAUAAUAUAGAGUGAGCAUUGCAUGUUGAAACCGAUAAUCAAUAUUUUCUUGGGUCUGUUGCGUAAAAGAAAAACUCUGGCAAACUUUUUGCCCAGAGUUUUUAAUGUGUAAGUUUCAAUGGCAUAAUUUUGUUUGCCAGAGUUUUUUUUUAAUGGCGAAAGUUUUAUGCUACUUCACAAUUCAUGUAAGUUGUAAGGUAUACUCUUUGUAUUGAAUUUCACUCCUUGAAUAUUUAAAACAUUCAUGAAGCAUAGUACAUGCAAUGAUAAGCUUAAUAUUAGCAUGUUGGUACGAUUCAUUAUACUUGUACAAAGUCAGUUGUAGUACUCAUUAACCUCUGUUCAGCCAACCAUAUUAAAAGCUUGUGAUUAUAUGGGAAUGAUCACACUAUUUACGUUUUAUAUGAGCUUUAUCACCUUGAGGGUUAUGUAGUGUGAUGUUGAGAUUACAUGUAUAUUUCACAUCUCCUGGUUUCAUUCAUUGUAAUCACUUUUAGAUCCUUUCACUGUAUGAGAUUGUGCAGUCAAGUGUGAUUUGUCAUUAAAAGUUGUCACAUCUACUUUUAUUUAAUUGUAAAGGAAUUUGGUUGUCGUUGAUCCAUAGGUUUCCCUGUAUGCUAAUGUAUGAAGCAUGUUUGACUGAAACACAACUCUUUGGUAUCACUUUUUUAUGAUUAAGGUUGAAACAUUCCACUCUCCCUCCAUAUGGGAUUUAUGUUCACAUGUCUGUUGAUUGAUAUACAUAAAAAUUAUGUUAGAGCUUAUUUAUAACAUGAUGAAGUUAUUCCCAGGUAAUGCUACAAAAGUAGAAAAGUUCCUACAAAAAGUUCCUACUUCUGUAUGCUAGAACUUGUAAUUGUGAAAUUUAUUAUCAAUAUUUAAGUGGAUUUUGUUGUAGAAACUGGAUUACUAUUAUUAUUUACAUGGAUUAAAUGCUAAUCUCUUCAAUAUUACUACAAGAAGAAAGUUGAAUAAUGUGCUACCUAGCAGUGACUUCAGAAUGUUCUGAUCAGGCAAAGCGUGGGAGGCCAGGGCGACCCAUUGUGUGUAAACAAUGGUUUGAACCCUGCCCCGCCCGGACCAUGCCCAUCUCUUGUCUGAGCUGAAGGUUCCAGCUGCUACCUUGGAAUAAUUGCUGACAUCGCACGAUGUACUUCCUGAUGGGUUAUUAAGAUUUCAUAUUCGGCAGAAACUCACAAACUGGUUUAUUUACUAAGUGAUACAAAUGAAAGCAGUCAAACUCAAAAUAAGUUUCUUUAAAUGUAUCUUUAUUGAACUGUAAUAUCUGAAGAAAAACUUAUUUUCUCUGUGUAUAUACUGUGAAUACUUUCAAAACUGUAGAUAUAUUAUAGCUGAUAAUAAAGUGAAUUGUGUCUUGUGUGAAUAUA